AUGAGUUGUGCUAGUGUUUUGACCAGCAAAGACCUGCCGGACAUUGAGAGCCUGCUCGCUCUCAACCCGCGGGUGAAGCAAACCUGCUCGCUCGUACCGACGACCGUUACGAAAAAGGUGAAGAAACACUGGAAGCGCAAUGUGGACAGGUCGUGCACCAGCUGCACACCGCUGACGAACGACUUCUCGGACAUUAAGCACACGACACUGUCGGAGCGGGCCGCACUGCGGGAAGCGUCACGCUGUCUGAAGUGUGCGGACGCACCCUGCCAGAAGUCGUGCCCGACGCAGCUCGACAUCAAGAGCUUCAUAACGAGCAUUGCCAACAAGAAUUACUACGGUGCCGCGAAGGCUAUCUUCUCGGACAACCCGCUCGGGCUGACGUGCGGUAUGGUGUGCCCGACCAGCGAUCUGUGCGUGGGUGGUUGCAAUCUGGCCGCGGUGGAGGAGGGCCCUAUCAACAUCGGUGGCUUGCAGCAGUUCGCCACGGAGGUGUUCCAACGGAUGGGCAUUCGACAGAUCGUACCGCCCGGGGUCGCUCCGCUGAAGUACCCGAACAAGCGUAUCGCAUUGUUGGGUGGGGGGCCCGCCUCGCUAUCCUGUGCCACCUUUCUCGGGCGGCUCGGCUACCGUGAUGUGACGGUGUACGAGCGUCGCUCGUAUCUGGGCGGUUUAAGCUCGGCCGAGAUCCCCCAGUACCGUUUACCGGUCGAUGUGGUCAACUUUGAGGUUCAGCUGGUGAAGGAUCUGGGCGUACAGUUCGAGCUGAAUCGAUCGCUCUCUAUGAAGGAUUUAACCGUGCAAGGUUUGCUGGCGAGCGGUACGGAUGCGGUGUUCCUGGGCAUCGGGCUACCACAGCCGAAGGUCGACAAGGUGUUCGAAGGGCUGACCGAAGAACAAGGGUUCUACACUUCCAAGAGCUUCCUGCCGCAGGUCGCGGACGGUAGCAAACCGGGGCUGUGCGGUUGCAAGCAGUCCGCUGCCGCCAAGCUGCCCGUGCUGAGCGGUAACGUCAUCGUGCUCGGGGCAGGCGAUACGGCGUUCGAUUGUGCGACGUCCGCGCUUCGGUGCGGUGCGCGCAAGGUAUUUGUCGUGUUCCGGAAGGGUAAUAACAAUAUUCGCGCCGUACCGGAGGAGGUAGAGCUGGCACGCGAAGAACGGUGCGAGUUUAUCCCGUUCAUGUCACCGAAGGAGGUCGUUGUGAGGUCGGGCCGUAUUGCGGCAAUGGAGUUUUAUCGCACCGAACAGGACGAGGCUGGUAAUUGGGUGGAAGAUCAGGAUCAGACCACGCGGCUGAAGGCUAGCUACGUUAUCUCGGCGUUCGGUUCCGGGUUGAACGAUGCUGACACGAUUGCAGCUCUUGAUGGAUUGAAGAUGAACCGCUGGGGUUUGCCUGAUGUCGACCCGAAGACACAGCAAACCUCCGUGCCGGCCGUAUUCUGCGGCGGAGAUCUGGCAGGCGCCGCGGAAACGACGGUAGAAUCGGUCAACGAUGGUAAGACGGCGGCCUGGUACAUGCACUGCUACCUGCAGGGUAUAUCAUUUGACACCAAGCCCGAACUGCCGCUGUUCUACACCGAGAUCGACCAGGUCGACCUGUCCGUGGAGGUGUGCGGUGUUAAGUUUGAGAAUCCGUUCGGGCUGGCGUCAGCACCGCCGACCACCAGCACCGCCAUGAUACGGCGCGCGCUAGAGCAGGGUUGGGGCUUUGCGGUGACGAAGACAUUCGCCCUCGACAAGGACAUGGUGACGAACGUGAGUCCGCGCAUUGUACGCGGUGUAACGGCCGGUCAGAACUACGGUCCGCAGCAGGGUGCGUUCCUGAACAUUGAGCUCAUCUCCGAGAAGAGUGCCGAUUACUGGUUGACGGGUAUCCGGGAGCUGAAGCGUGACUUCCCGACCAAGGUGCUGAUUGCUAGUAUCAUGUGCACGUACAACCAGCAGGACUGGGUGGAGUUGGCAUCGCGAGCUGAGGCAGCCGGCGCCGAUAUGCUCGAGUUGAACCUAUCAUGCCCGCACGGCAUGGGCGAAUCGGGCAUGGGAUUGGCCUGCGGCCAGGAUCCGGAGCUGGUGUACAACAUCUCCCUGUGGGUGCGCAGUGCCGUGCGCAUUCCGUUCUUCGUGAAACUUACGCCGAACAUCACCGACAUUGUGUCGAUAGCGCAGGCAGCGAAGCGGGGAAACGCGGAUGGUGUGUCGGCCAUCAAUACCGUGCAGGGGUUGAUGUCGUUACGUGCCGACGGUACACCGUGGCCAGCAGUCGGUAUGGACAAACGUACUACGUACGGUGGGGUGUCCGGAAAUGCGACCCGCCCACAGGCAAUGCGUGCCAUUUCGCUCAUCGCGAACAAACUCCCUGGCUUCCCAAUCUGCGGUAUUGGUGGCAUCGACUCUGGGGAGGUGGCACUGCAGUUCAUCCAGUGCGGAGCACCGAUCCUGCAGAUAUGUUCCUCCGUGCAGAACCAGGACUUUACCGUCAUUGAGGACUAUAUCCUCGGGUUAAAGGCGUUACUGUACCUGCGGGCUAACCCCCCACCAGAAGCACUCCCGUGGGACGGUCAGUCACCACCAACGGCUAAGCUGCAGAAGGGCAAACCGGUCGCGCCGCUUCGUACCGAUGACGGCAAGCCACUGCUGCAUUUCGGCGAGUACAAGAAGCAGCGUGAAGAUAAGCUCGCCCAGCUGCGUGUCCAACAUGGACCGCUUUGGGAUCCAUGCUCGGAAGAGGCUCUCAAUGGUACGAACGGUCACGGUACUGGUACGGCAGACACUUCUGCCACAAACAGUGUGCCCCGUGUACAGGAUGUCCUUGGAACUGCUCUGCCUCGCAUUGGUGACUAUAAAAAGUUGGACAACACCAAGCAGGUGGUCGCACUUAUUGAUGAUGAUCUUUGCAUCAACUGUGGCAAGUGCUACAUGACCUGUGCAGACUCCGGGUAUCAAGCGAUCGAGUUCGAUCCGGUAACGCAUCUACCUCACGUUAAUGACGACUGUACCGGCUGCAACCUCUGCCUUUCGGUCUGUCCCAUCAUAGAUUGUAUCAGCAUGGUUCCGAAAAAGAUUCCACACGUCAUCAAACGUGGCCAUCCGAAUGUGAAUGUCGCGGUACAUGCGCUAAGCCCAUCACAGUAA